GAGAAUGCUGCAGCUGACAAGUUAGAUCAAGAGAAAUGUAAUGCUAUGAUCAGUGGUAAUGAUAUCAAAGGAACCAAUGAUGUACACAGUACUGCUACUGGUACAAACAAGCCAUUGAUAGGAGGUCCUCCACUUUCUCCUAUUGCAUUAAUGGAUAUACCAGAUGAUAGACCAAAAGUAUCUGAAUUGAUAGAGUUUCAUGAGUUAUUGAUCAAAGGACAACUGGAGGAGUCUCUACCACUGCUUGAUGCUGAUACUAUAAGAAAGAUUAGAAAUGCUGUUAAUGAUCAUGAAGGAAUGUCUCUUCUUAUAAGAGCAUUUGAAGAACAUCCAACACUGCUACAUGAAAUGAGAGUAGCUACUAGAAAAAUAAAAGGCUCAUCACAAAAGACACUAAAGUCUCCUCCCCCAGUAGCACCUAAACCAAGAUCAUUAUCACAAAGUAGACGAUCUCAACCAUUGUCAACAGCUAAAAAACAACGACCACUUUCACAAGCCACACAACCUGCUCCUCCAACUGCACCUAAACCACGUCGACCAUCACUAACUACACAACCUCCUUCAAAAGCACCUAAACCACACCUACCAUCAAUAACUAAAAAACCUCUACCAACAGCACCUAAGCCAAGACAAUCUCAAGAUUCAUCAUUAGCUCCACAUGAUCCAACAGCAACAGUACUGCAAGAUAAGGAGGGGAAGAAAGAUCCAUCAUCAUUAGAACCAAUGGAAGGAUCAAUGUCAUGUGAAUACAUUACAAUGAAAGAGAUGUUAGCUGAUCUUGUUGAUCUGUUGGCAGGAAAUGCUCUAGUUAUUUCUCAAUUAAAUAAUCAUCUCUUUUCAUCUGAUCUCAUUCCUAAAGCAGUACAUGUUACUGUUGAAAGUACUGCAAGCCUCACUCCUUAUGAUAGAGCUAAUAAAAUAUUCUCUUCAGUACUAGCAACACUUGAGUGUCAUCCUAAUCCUAACAGUGUGUUCUUUUCUCUCAUUACAUCACUACAGAAAGUAGGACUAAUAAACAUGGCAUCUAAACUAAUGGAAAAAUUAAUAGGAGUUACAGGUGGUCAUGUUGAUCCUAAUCUAGAGCAGCAACCAUCAAUCAGUAAGGGACCACUUCAACCAGUGGAUGUCACUGCACAAUCUCACACACCACAUCCAACAAUCACUGGAUCACAAUCAUCUACUCCUCCUACUGUCAUUGAGCUCAGUUCAAAGGAUGAAGUUGCUGCCAAUAUUGGAAAUCUUCAUUCUCGUUUUGCAUCUCUUGAUUCUAAUAUAAGAGAUGAGUUUGAGGAGCUGGUGGAAAAGGGUAAAGUGAAGCUUAAAGCUGUAGCUAGGAGUGCAGCUACUUUUUUGGACAUACCAGUUUCCACUUUGAAAUAUAGCGAUGUUGAUGAAUUAUUUGAUUCUCUUAAAAAGUAUUGUGAUUUUUUCAGCUGUGGUCUACUUAAACACUUGACAGACACUUAUCUUUCAAAUGCACAAAUUGAACUAGCUCAAUACAUUGAUAGUGUUGAUAAAUUCUCCAAAUUAUCACAAUUUAAGCACAUACUAUUGUAAUCGA